AUAAAUAAAUCGAUCAUGAAUUAACUUCUAAUCAUUUUCAUAGCGCAUUUAUCCACACAUUGCAGUUAUCUUGUAAAUAUCCUGCUUGAAACCACCCCCCCAUCGUUUGAAACACUUGGUAUCGUCUGUUGCCGCUGUGUGCUGCUCUCCUUCCUGAAAGACACUUUGCACCGCUGAAGCCACAACGGGGAGACCGGCUCACAAGUGAGGUGGAAGACGACAGUGAAAUGGCACGUAUGCUACAGAGCUGCAGCACAGAGACAAUUAAGGUGACGUCCCAAGAUUCCUGAAGAUCUCGUCAGUCAGCUCCCGCGUGGCAGUGAACCCCCUCACUUGAACAUUAAACCAGUUAUACUCCGCUCCAGAGAAUUGCUCUCUUAGAUGCCGCUCAGUCUCCGUGCUUGCAAAUGGCUUGCUGUCUGAAGGACGAGCUCCUCUGUUCCAUCUGCCUCAGCAUCUACCAGGACCCCGUCAGCUUUGGCUGCGAGCACUACUUCUGCAGAAAGUGCAUCACCGAGCACUGGAGCAGGCAGGAGCCUCACGGGACGCGCGACUGUCCUGAGUGCCGGAGGACCUUCACCGACCCUCUCCUCUCGCCGAGUCUCAAGUUGUCCAACAUUGUGGAGCGCUACUCGGCCUUCCCUCUCGACGCCAUCCUCAACGCUCAGAGGAGCUCCUACCCCUGCAAGGACCACGAGAAGGUCAAGCUCUUCUGCCUCACUGACAAAAGUCUGGUGUGCUUUUUCUGCGACGAGCCGGCGCUACACGAGCAGCACCAAGUAACCACUAUUGACGAGGCUUACGAGGAGAUACAGAGGGAGAUGAAAGAGCAGCUGGCCACCCUGCAGGACAGUGAGAAGGGACACACUGAGGCUCUGCAGCUCCUGCAAAGACAACUGACUGAGACUAAGUCCUCAGCAAAGAGUCUGCGUGCAACCAUCGGCGACGCCUUCGAGCGCCUUCACCGCUUCCUCCGUGAGCGUCAGAAAAGCAUGCUGGAAGAGCUGGAGAUGGACACCGCCCGUAAGCUGUCCGACAUUGAGCACAAGAUCCAGCGCUACAGCCAGCAGCUGCGCGAUGUCAAGGAGGGCAUCCAGAUCCUGCAGGAGCGCCUCAACGAGUCGGGACGCCACGACUUCCUGGAGGGAGUAGCUGUCACAUCUGAGAGGUGCUUCACCUGCCCCGAGUUUGCUAAAACAGUCCCAGUAUCAUCACUGCAGUCCAAUAAGAAACGAAAUGUGGUUGUAAACACAUUUGCCUCAAGAAGGAGCAGGAUCAAAGGGAAGAUACAUGAGACCAACCUGACGUACGAAGACUUCCCGACAUCCAAAUACAUGGGGCCCUUACAGUACACAAUAUGGAAGUUACUCUUCCAGGAUAUCUCGCCAGUGCCAGCAGCGUUGACCCUUGACCCCAUAACAGCCCACCAAAGACUGAUCCUCUCAGACGACUGUACCAUAGUAGCCUACGGGAAUCUCCAUCCGCAGCCUUUGCAAGAUUCCCCGCGCCGCUUUGAUGUAGAGGUGUCUGUUCUGGGCGCAGAGGGCUUCGUGUCUGGCGUCCAUUACUGGGAAGUGAUGGUGUCGGAGAAGACCCAGUGGAUGAUCGGUGUGGCCAAUGAGACGGUCAGCCGCAAAGGCAGCAUCCAGAUCCAGCCCAGCCGUGGGUUCUAUUGCAUCGUUAUGCACGACGGGAACCAGUACAGUGCCUGCACCGAGCCGUGGACCCGCCUCAACGUUAAAAGCAAGCUGGAGAAAGUGGGGGUGUACCUAGACUACCCGAAAGGCCUGCUCAUCUUCUACAACGCUGACGACAUGUCCUGGCUCUACACCUACCGGGAGAAAUUCCCUGCAAAGGUCUUCCCGUACUUCAGCCCGGGCCAGAGCCACGCCAACGGCAAAAAUGUGCAGCCGCUGCGAAUCAACACUGUACGCCUUUAAGAGCUACGCUCCCCUACGGUCGUGGUCGUCCUGAUGUAUUCACAGGACUCAAAAGAUGUUCAAGAAAUCUGUUUAAAAAUGUCUAAUAGGGUCUUUGAAUUGUUUUUCUUUCCAUUCAGUUAAGAAUUGUGCUCGAUGUUGCUCUUAAAAUCCUGCACUGUUUUCUUUGUGACUUGAAAUGACCAUACGACAAUGGCCUGCACUUGAGCCUCAUUCCACAUCUUUGAAUGGAAAGAUGACACUAAAUGGAGACAGAGGGACCCCUGGGCUCCUCUGGGGUCUGUGGCAAUUAUGUAAAAAUAAAGAGGAAAAAAAAAGUGAGUUCCCCUCUGACUGCUCCAGGCCCACCUUGCACACUCCUAGGGGGCACCACUCUCCUCAUCAAGCUCCAGGCCUGUCAGACUUAAAGUCCCCUCUCUGUCCAGCCAAGCGGACACUGAAGACUGGUCACUUGUCUUCUCCGUGCUGUACAGUUGGCUUAGCUUUGUGCGUGGAACGUGAUUGACAGCACUCACUCCUUCUUUUUGUUUUUUUUGUUCUUGAACUUGUCAAGUCUGUUUUACUUCUGACCAUGAUCUUGGUUCCCCCUGCAGGUCACAUCCAUGUGUCUUUUAUCAUUGCAAGGAAAGCUCUUGUUCUGUGUGCACCAGCGAUUAUCCAUCGACAACAAACUAAAUGAAUCAAAAAGUAGUUAAAAAGCUGCCCAUCCCUAUUCACUGCCCAGUCCUUCCCACGUACGGUAGGAAAGUAUGUUCGGAGGUGGAGGUUGUUCAGAAAUAUGCUGCUAUUGGUGGAGUAAGAACUUGCAUGUUUGUAUAUAGAGUAUCAAGGGUUAAAUGGAAUAAGUCUCUCAUCAUGCUGGCUCAUGCUUCAUGUUUCCACUCUUUCCCCACAACCACAAAUAUGCUAGCCUUCAGCACUACACCUGUGGGGUUUUUUUUUGUCCACCUCAGUGUUUCCAGUCAGUCUUUCACUUCUCGGAUGUGAAAAUCUGAAGUUGAAGAUGAGUUAUUGCUCAGAAAUGCUCCAGAGACGUAUCAUUUAGGUAAUUGAAGUCAAGCUGUAUGUUUUGGGAAUUAUUAUGGACUUCCACACUAAUAUACUGUCCAUGUGCGACUGGCAUUCCCAAGGCUGCUGCUGCUGCUGUGUUAUAUAACAAAAAUACUGAUAAUUCCUCUGAGGCUCACCCAUGUUUAUUUCGUCACCCUACGUGCCUCAAGUGCUCUUGUUUAUCAGUUGUACACAAGUCCUGCAGAGUCGGCUCCAGUCACGCAGCCAAGUCCAGCAUACUGAGAGAUGUGUUUGUGUGUCGGUGGGUGGGUAUGUACACGUGUAUGUUUGUGCAGCCCGGUUUAGCUGUAACUUUAAAUCCAGCUUUGGUUGUGCUUGAUAAAGCUCAUCUGGCCGUUUAAGGAAUACCCCUGCUGUGGCCAAAAGCGAUUAUUACAAAACACUUUCAGGUAGAACUUGACAGAUUUAACAAAAAAAAACAAAAACACACACCUCAUCCCUCAUUUGCCACUGUACAUCUUUGCAUUUGUGUGUUGUCUGUGUACGUUUAAAAGAAAAUUGGGGGCAGUGCCCUUGUUUUUGUUGGAUGUGAUUCUAGUAUUUGCAGUAUGAUGCAAAUGAGGGUCAAAUCUUGAGCAUCUGCGAGUUGUUCUUGGUCUUUGUUUUAACUUGCGCAGAUCUGCAGGCGCCGGUUUCAAGAAGCAGCUAUGUUGUCUGACUAACGUUGCUGUAUAAAACCUCUGUAUGUAUUCUACAUCCGUCUGUUUUCUGGGAUUUAUACAGCAAAUUUGUCCAGAUGACUCCGUUAACCUGCUUUGUGAAACAGGAUUUAUAUAAACGUGUAAAGAUAAUAAUUACCAGAAGGUUUGGACAAUCAGUAUUUAGUCAUUUUACGUCUCUCUGAUUGACACUCUAUGAAUCUCAAAAAGUGAAUCCCAAUGAGCAGAUGCUUCAUGCACGUUAAAACAAACGCUUAUCUCUGACCCCAGUUUGUGGUGUCGCAGACCGGUGUGGUCUGCCUCAAUAAAGACUUUCUGUUUGAAUAUUAAGAAGGAGAUUAUUGUGACGUGGUGUUGGGUUACUGGUGGUGGUGGUGGUGAUGCUAAUGGUUAAAAUUAUUAUAACUAUGACACUUUUACUGAUUGUGAUGAUGAUUGUGUCUUUUGAUGAUGGCAGCUGUGCACCCAUCAUUGUGUGAACACACUCUAGUGUGCUUUUGCUGCUGGAGGUUUGUGGAAAAUGUUUUAAUGUACAAUAAAUUACUGCUAAAAUCA